GCCGCCGCGGACUCCUGGAGAGGCACAGACUCUGCGGGCGGAAGGACUGAAGCACACUCCGGGAUCUGCUCGCCUGGGGACUCCACACGAUGGCUUGGCUCCUCCUCAGAACCACGGGGACUCUCGCCAUUUUCAUGAUUUCCUUCAGAGCACAUGAUCAGUGGAUUAGCAAAUAGUUGUGAAACAUCUACGGAGGAACAGAUAUUGUGAUCCUAUUGGUUCAUGGAGAAAUGAGAAUAGAGACGAAAGGGCAGCCUGGAGAAAAUGGGACUGCGGUGCAAGGCAGAAGGAGACAUAAACGUGAAUGGGUGAAAUUUGCAAGACCCUGCAGAGAAGAGGAAGACAACUCCAAAAGAAACCCCAUUGCCCAAAUUAGUUCAGAUUUCCAUGCAAAACAGAAAAUUACCUACCGCAUUACUGGAAUCGGAAUUGAUCAGCCCCCUUUGGGAAUCUUUGUUGUUGACAGAAAUACUGGAGAUAUUAACAUAACAGCCAUAGUUGAUCGUGAGCAAACCCCAAAUUUCCACAUCACAUGUCAUGCACUAAAUGCCUUAGGACAAGAGGUAGAGAAACCACUUAUAUUAACGGUCAAAAUUUUAGACAUCAAUGACAACCCUCCAGUGUUUUCACAAAGUGUAUUCAUGGGUGAAAUUGAAGAAAAUAGUCCUGCAAACUCUCUGGUGAUGAUACUGAAUGCCACGGACGCAGAUGAACCAAACCAUCUGAACUCUAAAAUCGCCUUCAAAAUCGUCUCCCAGGAGCCCGCGGGCAUCUCCAUGUUCCUCAUGAGCAGACACAGCGGGGAAGUCCGCACUUUGACCAAUUCUCUUGAUCGAGAGCAAGUGAGCAGCUACCGUCUGAUUGUGAGUGGCGCAGACAAAGAUGGAGAAGGACUAUCAAGCCAGUGUGAAAGCAGCAUCAAAGUGAAGGAUGUCAAUGACAACUUCCCAAUGUUCAAAGAAUCUCAGUAUUCAGCGCGUAUUGAGGAAAACACUUUGAGUUCUGAGUUACUUCGAUUUCAAGUAAUAGAUUUGGACGAAGAGUUCACAGAUAAUUGGCUGGCAGAGUAUUUCUUUACCUCUGGCAACGAAGGGAAUUGGUUUGAAAUACAAACUGACGCCAGGACUAACGAAGGCAUCCUGAAGGUGGUUAAGCCUCUAGAUUAUGAACAACUACAAAAUGCACAAUUUAGUAUCGCCGUCAAAAACAAAGCUGCAUUUCACCAAUCUGUAAUCUCUCAAUAUCGAGUCCAGUCAACCCAAGUCAAGGUUCAAGUUAUAAAUGUGCGAGAAGGAAUUGCAUUCCGCCCUGCUUCCAAGACGUUUACUGUUCAAAAAGGCAUAACUAGGAAAAAGUUGAUCAAUUACAUCCUCGGAACAUAUGCAGCCAUUGAUGAAGACACUGGCAAACCUGCUUCAAAUGUCAGAUAUGCCCUUGGACGGAAUGAUGGUGGUUUUCUAAUUAUUGACUCAAAAACGGCUCAAAUAAAAUUUGCCAGAAACAUGGUUCGGGAUUCUACUUUCAUAUAUAACAGGACAAUCAUAGCAGAGGUUCUAGCCAUCGAUGAAAACACGGGCAAGACAUCUACAGGCACCAUCUAUGUUGAAGUGCCUGGUUUUAAUGAAAAUUGUCCAACAACUGUCCUGGCAACGGAAAUGAUCUGCAGCUCAUCACCUUCCGUGGUUGUCUCCGCGAAAGCGCAGGACAGUGAUAGAUACACUGGCCCCUACACGUUUUCACUGGAGGAUGAAAAUGUAAAACUGCCAAAUGUGUGGCGGAUCACGACCAUUAACGCCACCUCUGCACUGCUGACCGCCCAGCAGCAGCUGUCCCCCGGGAGGUACCCCAUAUCCCUCGUGAUUGCAGACAGACAAGACAGGCAGUGUGACACUCCAGACAACCUGGCUGUGGAGGUGUGUCAGUGUGACAACAGGGACACCUGUACAGACCCCCAGCCCGGGCCCAGGUAUGGAGACCAGCCAUCUGGGAGGCUGGGGCCCAACGCCAUCGGCCUGAUCCUGCUUGGCCUUUUGCUGUUGCUGCUGGCCCCCCUUCUGCUGCUGACCUGUGACUGUGGGAAGGGUCCCAUUGGGGGAGCAACCACUGGAUUCAUCCCAGUUCCUGAGGGCUCAGAAGGAACAAUUCACCAAUGGGGGAUCGAAGGGGCCCAACCUGAAGACAAGGAAAUCACAAAUAUUUGUGUGCCACUUAUAACCUCCAAUGGAGCUGAUUUCAUGGAAAAUUCUGAUGUUUGUGUGAAUGCCUGUGCCAGAGGAACGGCCGUGGAAGGCGCUUCGGGCAUGGAACUGACCACCAGCGUUGGAGCAGCCGCGGGGUCUGGGGCAGCCGCGGGAUCUGGGGCAGCCGCGGGGUACGGAGCCACCGCCGGGCUUGGCUUCUGCUCUGCAGGCCAGUCGGGAACCAUGCGAACAAGGCAUUCCACUGGCGGGACCCACAGGGAAUGCAGUGAAGGAGUAAUAAGCAUGAACUUCCUGGAGUCCUACUUUUCCCAGAAAGCAUUCGCCUGCGCAGAGGAAGCCGAUGGCCAGGAAGCAAAUGACUGUUUGCUGAUCUACGACAACGAAGGCCUGGGGGCCCCCAACUCCCCCGUGGGCUCCCUGGGCUGCUGCAGCUUCAUUGCCGAUGACCUGGAUGAGAGCUUCUUGGACUCGCUGGGCCCGAAAUUCAAACAACUCGCAGAGAUCAGCCUGGGGCUCGAUGGCCAAGGCCAACAGUCUCAGCUGCCCACCCACGGCAGCGGUGCCGGGACGGGCGCCUGCGGCCACUCUGUAGAGAUCCAGCACUCAGAGCUGUCUGGGGGCCAGACCACGUCGGGCGGCCAAGGAGCUUGCACUUGGUCUGCUUCCGGCUCUGUCCUCCAGCCGGCCAUUUGCAUCCCCGACCCCCUGCAGCAGGGCGGCUAUUUGGUGACGGAGACUUACUCGGCGUCUGGCUCCCUCGCGCAGCCUCCCACCGCGGCCUUGGAUCCACUUCUCAUGCAGAACGUGGUCAUGACAGAAAGAGUGAUCUGUCCCAUGGCCAGUGGCCAUGGCCACCUACAUGGUGCCGCUGAGCUGCGAGGGUCGUGUAACAUGAUCUACACAGAAGACCCCUGUUCCCGUCUGAUAUGACCAGAGUGACCUGGAGUAGCAUGCUGGCCCCAUAGAGAUAUUUGGACCAAAUUAUCCGUAACGGCAUUGCAAGUCUUGGUAUUGGUGUAAUUGGGCACCUACUUGCUACGCUCAUAAAGGGAUCAGAAUUACAGUUGAAUUUUCUAGUUCAUACCCCCAAAGUGAAGAUGCUGCCACUCUUAAUUCUCAAAUACUAUUCAAGUGGUAGUAAAUGUUAAUGCUUUUCAAAAAAUCUUCACAUACUCAGUAGGAAAAUUCCCCAACAAUUUUUGAACUUCUGCUUUUGCAGCGCCAAAAAAAGGCAUCCAUCGCUUUAAAAUGCAAUGCACUUUUAGGAGAUUAAGCACUUGGUGUCAAGAGUCCCAGUUCUUGUCUCUGUCGCCUUUUCUUGUAUCAUGAAUAAUGAUGUACAAGUCUAAGGUGUUGGCUAAAGCAUCUUGAGUUACUCAGGAGGGGAAAAGAGAGUUACUCAGAGUUGAAUUUUUUCCAUCUUCUUGGUGCUGGGAGACCCUAAGCGCAUCUUUUCCUCAAGCUAAGGGGCUAUCAAUUUAUGCUGUAAACUUGCUACAACUAUUUGCCUCAUAUUCUAAGAAUAAGGCAAUUUUAUCAUAGAACAUUUAAGAAAGGUUUGUAAGUUGUAAAUAGUAUCGGGGGUUUCUUUAUUCAUCUUGAAAUGAUCUGUGCAAAGAAAAUGUUUUACACUGAACUCCUUCUUACACACUUCUUAGCAACAAAUCCUAUAUUAAUAGUUAAAAAUGCUCCUUAUUUUUGAAAUGCCAGUGGGUAAAUGGGAUUUACAUAUGACAUGUCAUGAUGUUUAUUACGUUAACAAUGUCUACAGACUUUGUGGAAAUACAAAACAUGGCUUUCUCACGAGCAAAAAGGGGCUUCUGACUAAAAUAGCACGAGAUGACAUUUGUGAAUAUGUAUUAUAAGCAGCAUUUCAGGUUCAACAGGAUAUGAAAAGGGAUUACCAGGAACAUCGAUUUUUUUCAAGCCUCGCUCUUUUUUUUUUUUUUUUUAAUUAAACAGCUACAGCAAUUUCACUCUUGACGUAACAAUGUUAAGUUAGUCAAGAUUUAGGAUAUAGUCUUUCAUUCAUGUUAUCAUGAUAGCCAUGCAGUUCUUCAAAUCAUUUCUGCUCAUUGAAGACCUCCAGCCUCUAAGCCACAGAGAGCGCCCUCCCUGCUAUGGCCGUCUCUGUGCAGGCCACGUCCCUACCAGGUCACCGUGAAGCUCCACUAUCUCUAAUUGUCUCUAAAAUUCUCCUCAUUUUUUUUUGCCAAAUUCAAAACUGAUAUUGUUUUUCCAGAUGGAAUGCUAAGUAACAAAGUGUUCAUGUUUUCACCCAGCAGAGUGCGUGCAGUCUUGAGGAUACCUGGGGGGAAGAGACCCCCUAAAUGUCCUCACAUCUAGCAUGCUCCCCUCUCCCCGAUGCCACAACUCCCAGGAGGGCGCUGCCAGGUUAGCCUGAGGAGUGCAGGGAGCAUGUUCUUCCAGACAAGGCUGCUGCUGCUUUUAAAGGCCUGCAGUGCACUUGGCUUGAGUUGAGGGGAACCUGACCCCUUGGAGCAGCCUGCUGGGUCCUGAGGGAGUCACUUUGCUAUGACAACUGGGCACCCCUUCUCUUGUGUCUCAAAGAAGCUUUCUCUGGGAUGUUGAGCUGUGCCUCUGUUUAUACAGAAGUUAAUAGUCAUAAUAACCCUUAUUCUGAGUUCAAAAGUGUACUCAGGAUCCUCAAAGGAUUUUAACUUUGCCUCUUAAAACCCAACUUAUCGGGAUAUGGGAAUGUUGCUGCAUUUGUCAGACUGAAGAGGAAACCAUGCCAUAGCAGGAAAGGUUCUAUAGUGGAAUAACAGCAAUUCAAUGUGUUCUGAAAUGAAAACACAUCAGCCUUGUCUCAGAGGACCUAAAGUUGAUUUGCCAUGUAAAAUAAAUUCAAAGCAAAAAAUGUAUCUGUAUUUUUUCACCAAAAAUAAAAAUUGUUUUAAGCA